GGGGGGGCGCGGGAAGCGGUUGCCAUAGCGACGGGAAGCGGCCUUGCGGGAGGAGUAGGCCGCACCGCCCGCGGGCGGGGAGGAGGAAGUUGUUAUAGCCAUUGGUGCUGACAAGACAUCAGAGGACCCACCAUCUCCCAUAUCUAUGGCAUUUGCACCUCCUAGAAACAUGGAUGGCCCCAAGCUACAAACCAAGAUGAGCACAUGGACUCCACUGAACCAUCAACUCAUGAAUGACAAGGUAUUCGAAGAAAGAAGAGCCCUGCUUGGAAAAUGGUUUGACAAGUGGACAGAUGGUCAGAGGCGGAGGAUCCUGGUGGACCUGUUGGAACGCUGCUCCCCGUCACAGCAGAAAUUCUGUGCCAAGCAGCUACAGGAUCGAAUCCCCACCGAGGCUCUAGAUUUUACCACAAAGCUUCCUAGAGUCCUGUCUUUAUACAUCUUUUCCUUCCUGGACCCGCGGAGCCUCUGUCGAUGUGCACAGGUGAGCUGGUACUGGAAGUACCUGUCUGAACUGGAUCAGCUCUGGAUGCUGAAAUGCCUGCGUUUUGGCUGGUACAUCAACUUCUCUCCAACCCCCUUUGAGCAAGGAAUCUGGAAGAAACAUUACAUUGAGAUGGUGAAGGAGCUGCAUGUCACGAGACCAAAGACUCCUUCAAAGGACGAGUUUGUAGUUAUUGAUGUGCAACCGGUAAGAAGCAACAUCCCAGAGGCAAAACGUUCUAUGCCAGGAAGGAGAAAAAACAAGGAGAGAAAAGAGCUCCCACCAUGGCGUUCAUCGGACAGGCAUCCUACAGACACCAUCCGAUUCAACUACCUCGACAACUAUGAUCCCAUCGAGCAGGCUAGGCAGGCGAGAAAGAAAGGAGGAGGGGAGACCCCAGACCUUAGCCGGCAGGCGGCUGAGAAAAAAAAGAGAGCGGGUGGUGGAUCUAAUAAACUCCAGAAGGCAAAAUCACUGCUAUCACUUUCCACACAUCUUGAGUCUGUCCAAAAACCACCAGUUCGUCCCAGCUGGGCCACUCCCCAGUCAAGCGGGAGCUUGCCCUCCAAAGCAGCAGCAAAGACCCUGGCCCAGAGCUCCCAGUGGAACGCCGGGAUACGACCAGCACCUGUUCGAGCUCCAGUGCCGAAGGCACAUGAAAGAGGAAAGAAAGACUUCACAAGGACGAACACCAGGUCUCCGUCAUCUCCACUGUUUGAGGCUCAGCCCUGGCACAUUCCUCCAUCUAACCAAGGAUCUGACACAGAGUAAGGGAUGAUCCAGAGUAUCUUUCAUCCCAGCAGAACAGAAACUUAUCUGCCUGGCACUGGAGAAACAACAGCGGUGUUGCCCGAGUCACAGGCUGUGCUCGGUGAAGAACAGCUGCUUUUGAGUCCUUCAUAAGGACCCAGCUUAAUUUUUUUUUAACUGUUGCUAGAAAAGACUUUCUUCGUUGACCUCACCACAGAAUGCAAAGAAAUGGGCAUGGAGGUCCUGUGUCUAUUCUCGCUUAGGCUGCCCAAAAGAAAUGUUAACUACCUUGCAGCCAGUUUGGACAGAAAGGUGUUGGAGCAAUGGCUUUAUACCUUUUUUUUUUUGAACUACUGUACUUGGUGCGAUGACUCCUGCCAGCCUUUGGGAUCUCCAGGUGGGAUCUCUCAUUUCCAAACUGGAGUACGGUCUACGUCUGUUUUCCUGUUGUGCUUCUCAGCCUGGUUUCCUGUCGCUGCUGCUCUUGAACUGGUGCUAUAUUGUCUUUUUCUUCUGGGUAUGUCGUCUCUGCGGAGUUCACCUAGGCUUUUGAUCAUGGAGACACUCCCGUAGAUCCUUGCUAGAGCUGCCGGACCUCAUGUGAGCUUGCCUGCGUGUCACUCAGACAUCUUGGGGCAUAUCCCAUGCCCUGAGCUGCUCUGUGAUGCUUUGCCAGUGAAUUACAGAAGUUGUCUGUCUCUGUGGGCUCCGAGGGGAUUGUGGAAGACAAGGGAGACAGAAUUUCUUUCUCACGUUAAACAAGGCAACUCCAUCUUUGCAAUCAUGUUUAGUGAGAAGGAAAUCAAAUCCCACACUCUGGAUUACAGCAUUGCACAUGGAUCUGUGUGGGGAGCUGGCACUAGUCUAAUUAUUUAAGAAAAUGUAAAUCAUGUGCUCUUAUUUGUCUUUUUCGCAAUUAAGGAAAUAACCAGUAAAUGUAACAAAUAGUAGUUUUUAAGGCUAAGAGGACUGAAUGCACAGCAACUCUAACUCAUUGCCUUAUCAUAUGCCAGAGUGAGAGAGCUGGGAUAAAAUGGAACCUUUCCACAUGGUAGGAAGAGUCACAGUACGCCCGUGAAUUCUCAACAUUUAUAGACUAGAAAUCACGUUUCAGAGAAAAUGCCAACUACAAAUCGACAAGGAUUAGGAGGAGACUUCUGCUCUGUGAGCAGAUUAUUCUGCAGUGCGUCAUUUGAGGGUUUCAGGUUUUUUGGUGCGAGAGAUAUUGAUCAUCGUCAAGACCAUGCACCGGGCACGACGCACCAUGGAUCUGACCUGAAGGGAGAGCAUCCAGCAGGAGACUCUGCCUGUUGGGUACUUGGUCGAGUGUCAUGUGAAUUCUCCAAAUCAAUGAUUAGGUAACUCAGUGCACCUCCCUCUCCAAACUUCAUUCUUUCAUUUUUCUAGUUGCUCUGUAAGGAAGGGGGAGUUCAUCUCAACCAAGACGAUGGCCUAAGAGCUAAUUAAGUCUAAGCUGGUCACCUCUCCAGCAAUCAGUGGAAAGAUGAACUCGCAGAUGGCAAUUAUCUCAUAUAUCUUAGGAUCUGUUGAUUAUACAAGAGACCAGACUGACUAAUUUUGAUUAAGAAAGCUAACUUUUGAGCAUUUGAAGUAAGAUGGGGUAAAUCCCAUCCAAAACAUUCAUCGGCAUCAUUCCCUGCUAUUGCAAAUCUCUCCUCGCAAGCCUUUUCCCUCAGAAAACCAAGUUAAACUGAUUGCUUCAUGGGUGUUUCCUUGGCUUCUUAAGUGCAAUUUGUUGUUCCAGCUUUUUUUUUUUUUUUGUCUCCAUUAGGAAGCAUGUGGCUUCUUGUGGCAGCAGUUCAGCGCUAGGUCCGUGUUACAAACACCAAAUGGCUACACGAGGAAAUGAUGUAACCCUGCAGCAAUGUUUUUUUUCUUUUCUCAUCAAUGAGCAUCCUCAUCGGAAACGCAAAGUUCCCAGGGUCUGACCGGUCUCGGAGCCGAGUGCUCGGGCACUACUGCGGACCCUGUGCCUUUGCUGCAGCAGAUCAUGCGUCUUAAGUGCUCGCUAUACAUUUUAAGGCUUAGGCCUUCUCUGAUUUAUAAAGUUUUUUUGUAUAUAUGAUGCUGUAAAAUAACUAACAGUAAUGUCCAGGAGCAUACCAAGCCAAGUAGUCUAUCCUUGAACAGCAGACCUAUGUAAUGCCUUGACGUAACUCCUACCGAUGAUGAUAUUAGCAUGAUUUAUCAGAAUAAAAAUGUACGUACUCA